GUUCGUCUGUAUUCUGCACCAGUCUCACAGGCCAUGGCUCUGAACGUCCCGGGACUCAUAGCUACAAUUAUUUUCUACCUCUUGGUACUCGGCAUCGGCAUCUGGGCCUCCAUCAAAUCCAAACGGGAUGAAAACAGGACGCAGGCACAUCAUGCCGACAUGGCCCUGCUGGGAGACAGGAGGAUCAGUUUAGUAGUCGGCAUCUUCACAACAACCGCAACCUGGGUGGGUGGGACCUUCAUCAUUGGCACAGCUGAGACGGUGUACAACCCAGAUUUAGGACUCUUCUGGGCUGUGAUGCCAGUAGCAGCAACAGUGGCCUUCGUUCUUGGUGGACUUUUCUUUGCAGAGCCAAUGAGAGACAGAAAGUAUGUGACCAUGAUGGACCCUUUUCAGAUUAAGUAUGGAAAUGGACUGAGUGGACUUCUGUCUAUAGCACCAUUGAUGUCAGAAAUCAUUUGGGUGACAUCAACACUAAUAAGUUUAGGUGUAACAAUGAGUGUGAUUUUGGAUUUAUCCUAUGCUGUGUGCAUCUGGAUCUCUGCAGCUGUGGCCAUCAUCUACACCCUGCUGGGAGGUCUCUACUCAGUGGCCUACACAGACAUCAUCCAACUUGUCCUUAUUUUUAUCACCUCGUGGGUGUGUGUCCCUUUCCUCCUCAUGAGUCCAACUUCCGUUGACAUCACCACCACCUCUUUUAACCACACCUUUCAGGCUCCAUGGGUUGGUAGUCUGACUGCAGACAAUAUCUGGAAGUGGAUCGAUAUUUUCUUACUACUGAGUGUAGGGGAUCUGGGUUUCCAGGACUUCCACCAAAGGACACUAUCAGCUUCUUCCUCAACCACGGCCAAACUUCGAUGUUAUGCUGCAGCAUUUCUCAUUCCCACAUUUGGAAUUCCUCCUGUUCUCAUUGGGGCAGUAGCUGCAUCAACUGACUGGAACCUGACCUCAUAUGGUUCUCCUCCUCCAUAUGAACGAGGACAGACGGGUCUGAUUUUACCGCUCUCCCUGCAACACUUAACCCCAUCAUAUAUCUCUGUCUUUGGCAUCGGAGCUGUGGCUGCUGCUGUGAUGUCAUCAACUGACUCUGCCCUUUUGUCUGCUGCUUCCAUCUUCUCAUCAAACAUCUACAAGAAGAUCCUGAGGACACAGGCGUCAGAGAAUGAGAUCCGCUGGGUGAUUCGCAUUUCUGUGGUUAUGUUUGGACUUGCCGGAACUUCACUCACCUUCCUGCACACCGGAGUCAUGGCUUUCUGGGUCCUGGGAGGAGAAGUGGCCUACAUCCUGAUGUUCCCACAGCUGGUCUGCGUGCUCUUCUUCAGUAUAUGUAAUGGAUAUGGUUCCACAGUAGGUUUUCUAGUGGGGUUAGUUUUAAGACUAUUAUGUGGAGAGCCUUUGUUAAGUCUUACACCUGCCAUCCAUUUUCCAGGAUGCACCCUUGAAGAUGGAGUUUACAUUCAGUAUUCUCCUUUCAGGACUAUUUGCAUGCUGGUCUCCUUUGCCACCAUAUUGUUGGUGUCCUACCUGAGUUCUGUGCUCUUUGAAAAGGGAGUGAUAUCAGAGAAGUGGGAUGUGUUUAAAGUAAAACGUGUGCUCCAAACACAAGUACCAGCAGGUGGCAGCAACUGCAUAGAAAACUACAACUCACAUUCACUGCAACUUACUGUGUGUGAGAAUGGAGGAGUCACAGAUCCAAUGCUGGAGUCAACAGGUUAAAAACAGUCAUCUACACGAAUAUAUCAUUGCAACAUUGCAUCAAUUUUAAGUUUAUUUUAACAAGACAUUAUGUAAUGAUACCAAACACAAUACAUGAUUAGAUUGUAUCAAUCUUAUGAUGAAAAGAUGCAAUGGAAUUAAGUACUAAAGGAGCAAUUUAUGCAUCUUUUCAUGGCCCAGCCUUUUUCAUUUUCAUGUUGUCCAUCUAGUUACUGUAGCUCUAGGAUCUGAAGGUACGGUGUCUCUAGCAAUUACCUUGGAUGUAUCUAUAAUGGUGGGCUUUUGAUUUCUCUCUCUACCUGUUUAUUUUGGCUAUGUUGCCACACAGUCCAAAACUAUUUUUCCUUUGUUCUUUCUAUGUGUUUCUCACAUGGUGAUUAGCUUUGACUCUCUUCCUUUCACAUACAUCCCACACUUACAGCUACACUCAUGCAACACCUCACAUUCAUACUGAUGAUAACACCUCACACCUUUUGUUGAUUUACACUAUUAUUUUUGAUUUUGGUCAUUUAAAAUAAAAUUUGGUUAAUCGCACUUGGUGUGUUUGUAUUGGAUAAUUUUACGUUUUAAGAGUGAUCAAUGUAAAAUUUCCUUCUGACAUAAUUUUUGGGAGGAGACUGUGGCUGGCUGGACGAGUUAUCAGCAAAGCGUUCUAUAAUAACAUUUAUCAACUUUGUCCACAAAGACCUUAUCUGUAACAGCAGUGUCCGGUUGGAAACCACACAGCAUUCAGUAUGUUAACUCUACAACACUCACUGACAUGGAUGGAUUUUAAAAAGCAAUAAAACAAAUGGGAAUUGAACCAUAAAAGAUGACAUUGGCUGAGAGCAAAAAAGCAUUAGUAUAAUAGAAUAAAAAGAACAAUUGUGGGAAUAAAUGCAAUAUAUCUUAUUAACAAGGGGCAUUAUUACUAACAGUAGUUGGCAUUGAAGUGAAGAAUAUGUUUUUUACUGUCAUAAUACAGUAGCCCUGUAACAAUAUUGUCACUUAGAAGUUACACAGCAUUAUUGUGGAUGUGUACUUUCUGGUACAUUGACGGUAGAUAUACAGUAUUAGCUGAUAGAUAUGUUUCAAAG